AUGAGGCGUGUUGGUGAGCUUAGGGAUGCCGUUUAUAUCCAUAAGCUAUCUUUGAAUGCAUUGGUAGGACCAGACCGGUGGAAUAGAGUUACUCCUCAGAAGUUGCUUAUGAGUAUGAAGAUGGUCACAGAUUUUCGUGAAAGUAGUGCAACUGAUGAUCUGAAGUAUUCUUUGGAUUAUGCUAAGAUAUCUAGUGAUAUUACCGAGUUUGUUACCACUAGGGAUCAUCUAUCUUUACGGGAGUUGGGUAAAUCAGUGGUAGAUUAUUCAAUCAGCAAGUAUGAAGGUAUUGAAGCAUUAGAAUUAGAGGUUAAUUGUCCAACAAGUCAUAUAAGAUGUGGUAGUGUGGACGUUAUUGUGUCUAGUAAUCCGCACGUGGAUGAUAUCAUCGUUAUAUCAGACUUGAAGUUGUUGACCCUAGUAGGUAUUUUUAAUUUCGAAAGGCUUACAAAACAGUUUGUCAACUUUAAUAUUUCGUUCUCACUGCUCAAGGGCUAUAAGAUGCUGUCUAUCAAGAGUAUUAUUGAUAAUGUUAUUAGUUCUGUAGAGAAUGCUGAAUUCAAGACUGUGGAAGCUUUGGUAGAGGAAGUGGCACGGGUUGUUACUUCUGAUGACUAUUUUCAGGCUAAUAAGUCCGUGGAGGUUAAAAUUAAAGUUUUGAAAUUGAAUGCUCUAAUGGAAACGCAAGGUGUUGGUGUGAGCUGUAUUAGAUCGCUGAAUGAUCUGUGUGGGAAAGGGGCUCAAGUUAAUAAGGUAAAGUUUAAUUUUGGGGGUAAUCUUCCGAUUAUGCAAGAACAACGGAUUGGUGAAACUGAAUGUUACACUGCGAUGUUAGCUGUUGGUUCAAAUUCUGGAGAUAGGUUUAAGAACAUAGUAGAGUGCAUUAAUUUGUUAAAAGAUGACAUAAAGGUGGAUGUUAUUCAAGUAUCGUCUUUAUUUGAGACUAAGCCUAUGUAUUUUGAAGAUCAGAAGAGGUUUUUUAAUGGUGUCAUUGAGAUUCGAACACAGCAUGACCCCUUGGAAUUGCUAAAGCUAUGCAAACGGAUUGAGUAUGAAGAUAUGAAAAGAGUUAAACUUAUUGAGAAUGGGCCUAGAUGCAUUGAUUUGGAUAUAGUUAUGAUGAAAAAAUCUGAUGGGCAACAUGUGCUUUGGAAUUCUGAUGAAUUGGUUAUUCCUCACAGUAGAAUGCUGGAAAGAACGUUUGUUCUAGAGCCAUUGUGUGAACUUGUUGCUUUUAGUGAAGUACAUCCUAUAACCGGAGAGUUCUUGCAUGAUAGGUUAAAGGAAUUGUAUGAGACCGGUAAUAAUGAGCAGUUAUUGCAAAAAUUAGUACCACUCCCUCAAGCGAACUUCAAAAGUAUUACUGAUUGCCGAUUUUUAACUUUUGAAACUGCAUAUGAACGUGAUGCUAUUACUGGGACGUUGAUUCGACAGACUACAUCGAAUACCCAAAUAAUGGGAAUAUUAAAUGUUACUCCAGAUUCGUUUUCGGAUGGUUCAUCUGAUUAUCGUAAUGUUAAGUACCAUGUUGAUAAAGUUAAAAAGAUGGUUGAAGAGGCACUCACCUUCCAGAAAUUUGUUAUUAUAGAUGUUGGUGGUUGUUCAACCAGACCCGGCGCUCUGCAAAUAGAUUUACAAGAGGAGCUAACUCGUGUCAUACCUGUUAUUAGAAAUAUCAGGGAAUGUAGUGAGCUUCCGCAGGAUAGAAUCGUGCUAUCGGUUGACACUUAUCGUUCUGAGGUUGCGAAAGCGGCUAUUGAAGCUGGUGUUGAUAUGGUGAAUGACAUAUCUGGAGGACGGUUAGACGCGAACAUGUUUAAAGUUAUUGCAGCCAAUCCUAAUAUCGCAUAUGUUCUAUCUCACAUUCGGGGAGACAUUUCGAACAUGAUGAAUAUGGUAGAAUACGGCGAUGAGGUCUCUUCUAUUGCAGUUGAGGAGUUUAUUUGUGGAAGACGCGAUUCUUUGGUCGGAACAGAAUUGGUGAGGAAUGUAGCCAGGGAAAUUGCAGAAAGUUUUCUGAAGGCUAUGACAGCAGGAGUUAAACGUUGGCAAAUCAUCUUGGAUCCCGGUAUCGGAUUUGGAAAGACUGGUAAACAGAAUGUGGAGAUUAUAAAACAUAUACCUGUUUUGAAAAACUACAGUUGUGUGAAAGAUAAUCGGUUUGUUAGUUUCUCUAAUUUGCCCGUCUUACUUGGACCAUCUCGUAAAAAGUUUAUAGGUACCAUUAUCCAAGAAUCAGAUGCAGAAAAACGUGAUGUGGUUAUUGGAGCUGUAGCUGCAUCAUGCGUUGGAUACGGCGUGGAUAUUUUUAGAGUUCAUGAUGUCUCCAAUUCUAGUAGGAUUAUUAAAUUAGCAGAUGCUCUAUAUAGGAGCUAA